AUGUCAACUUCAAACACCGCCGGGACUGCCAUACUUGGCGCGGGUAUCUUCGCUAAGGAAGCACACCUUCCUGCACUCCAAGCGCUUGGCCCUCUCGCGCCAAAGAUCAAAGCCAUUUACUCGCGGUCAGAAAAGAGCGCUCGUGAACUCGCCGCCGAAGUAACGACCCUCCUCAACACCACCCCUGAUGUCUACUUUGACGGAAAUACGUCUUCAAAUCUCGAUGCACUUCUCGCCAGAUCAGACAUUUCAUCCGUCAUCGUCGUCCUCCCAAUUACCCAACAGCCGUCCAUCAUCUUGAAAGCGCUCGCUGCUGGAAAACACGUGCUAAGUGAAAAGCCCGUCGCACCAGACGCCGCGUCUGGUGCAAAACUAAUUGCUCAGUAUGAAGCGCAAUAUAAACACAAGGGUCUCGUGUGGAGAGUAGCCGAGAAUUUCGAGGCUGAGCCAGGCUAUAUCGCCGCUGGCCGUGCUAUCGCCGCUGGCAAGAUAGGAAAAGUCAACUUCUUCAGCUCUCGUACCGUCAACUUCAUCGACAAGGAUUCAAAAUGGUACAAGACCCCAUGGCGGACUAUUCCUGACUAUCAAGGAGGCUUCCUGCUUGAUGGUGGUGUGCACUCCACUGCAGCCCUUCGUGUCGUACUCCCAAGUCCGAUGACUCAUUUAUCCGGGUUUGCAUCGCUCAACAAGGAGUGGCUUGCGCCCCACGAUACCAUUAACACAAUCAUAAAAAACGCGGACGGCUCGCAUGGCAUUUACGAGCUCAGUUUCGCAGCACCGAACCCAUCUCGUUCCGACGCUGAUCGCGGCCUUGUCGUCACCGGUACAGAUGGCUGGCUUCAAGUCCAGCAAACCCUGGCUCGUGACCUUAUCCACAAUGUCGAGAAGCCAGUUUUUCGCAUCACUAUCAAGUCCGCCGCCCGUGAUGCAAAUGGGGUCCUUGGCCCCGAAAAGGAAGAGGUCGUUGAUGAGCCAAUCAGAGGCGUGGAAUUGGAGCAGGCAAGCUUCUUUGCAGCCUUGGAAGGAAAAGAUGAUGGUCUUGGCAGCCCCCUUGGUGCACUGAAGGACGUCGCCAUUAUCGAGGCUGCCUUGACCAGUGGUGGUACACUCAUUGAUCUCGAGAAACUCAUCAGCCAGUCCUAG